AUGACCCUCGUUGAGAAACCCCUUUCACAAUUUGGUGGAUCAUUCAAGAAACACACAUCUUCAAAGAAAAAUAGCAAAAUUAGAAUGAAGAAGAUAAUGGAAGAUCCAAGCAAGAUUAUGAGAAGAUCAAUCCACACUUUCCUCCAAAACUACCACCGUGCCACCACCGCAGCCGCCGUCGUCCUCCCUUUUUCCGCCGCUCUCCUCCUCUCUCAGCCCUUCUUCUCUUCUUCGUCUUCCUCCCUUCACGCGAGGCUAAACACGCUCUUCCGUGGAGCGGGUUUCUCUUCUUCUCUUGAUUUCUUCAAUAUUCUAAGCCUUAAACUCUCACAGACCCUUUCUUCCUCUUUAUUCACUCUCCCUUUCUCCCUCACUUUCUUCCUCUUCUCCAAAGCUUACGUCAUCAGACUUCUUUCAAACAAACAUGACUCUGAAGAUUCCUCUGUUUAUUACCUUCGUCUUCUCAGAACUUACAUUUGUAACUCUUUCUUCCUUAUCUCUGCAAACGCCUCUGCUUUUGCUCUGUUUUUCUUAGCAUUCAAUGUACUAGAAUCCUUUGGGUUUUAUUCUAGAAACUUCUACACUCUGUUCUCCCUAUCCUCAGCGAUUAUCUACUCGAUAAUCCUCGCAAACGCCUUUGUCAUCUCCAAUUUAGCAUUGGUUUCAUCGACUUCCUCUUCAUCAGGAGGAUACACAACGAUUCUCAAGGCGUGUCUUCUGAUUCGUGGAAGAACUUCAACAGCAUUGGCUCUUGCUCUGCCUACGAAUCUCGGUUUAGCAGGAGUCGAAGCUCUGUUUCGAUACAGAGUCGUGAAAUCUUAUUACCAAGGAGAUAGAGAUAUUGUCUCCAUAGCUCUCGAAGGAACUUUCAUAGCUUACUUAUACGCUCUCUUCUUGGUUCUUGACACCAUUGUCAACUUUCUGUUUUACCAAAGCUGCGUCAAGAACGAUGAGGAUCAAAAGUUGUGUAGAGAAGACGAGUAUUCGAUCAAGAUCCAAAUUUGCGAAACAGAGAACACGAAGAUUUGCAUCAAAGGGCCAAAGGGUUUCCAGGAAAUUUUGUGAUUUCUUGUGUUUGAUUGAUGUAAUUAUUAAAAAGAAGAUUGUACUUUUUCAGAGAUUAUUGAUUCUUUAAGGAUAAUCUCGAGUAGCUUUCACUUCAAAGAAAGGCAAAGUUAAACGGUGGAGAACAAUCACAGGAUCUGCAAACUUCUCUCAUUCUGCUUUUCUUUAUUUUAGUCAUUACAGUUUCCUUUUUUAUUCUUCCUCUUCUUUUACUUAUUUUCCCAUCAUGUAAAGUCACAUACCAGAAACUAUA